AUGCGUUUCGCUCACGUGUUGGCCGCUGCGCUUUGCGCAGUUGUCGCAUCCGCACAGCAGAACAAUGCAAUCAGCAUUCCUGGUGGCCAGGGCACUUUGGACGUGACCGCAGGCCAGCCCCUUACUAUCGAAUGGACCAAUCCUUCAAGCGGCACUGUUACCAUCAAGCUGCAGCAAGAUCCUAUUACUCCCGAUUCUGGUGCAAUCCUCGCAUCCGGCAUCCCUGCCUCUGCCUUGACGGCAACCCUUCAGAUUCCUCCUGCGGAGGACGUCAACUCUCACGUUUACACCAUCGAGAUCAUCGAUGACACGAACCCAAACAAUAUUAAUUUCUCCCCUAACUUCGGCAUCCAAGGUGCAACCGGUACAGCCACUGGAGUGGUCACCGGUUCCGUCACCGCCACCGCCUCGAUUACCUCUGGCAGCAGUACCGAUACCUCAUCUGGCACGAGCACGGACUCUGCAACAAUCAGCACCACCGAUAGCUCCACCACCUCCGCCACAAGCUCUGCGAGCAGCAGUAGCAGUAGCGAGAGUUCGGCAAGCAGCACCAGCUCUCAGCAGGUGACCUCGACAACGAGCUCUUCUGUCCCAUCUGAGACCACAUCAGCCCCAGAUUCCAACAGCAACGGGGCUGGCAGCUUGAAGGUCCAGGGAGGCAUGCUCGCCAUGGCAGUUGGAUUGAUCGCAGUCUUGUAG